GCUCCAAUAAUUGAAUCACCUUUAAAUUUAAUUAGAAACAUUUGCAGAAUAGAUGUCUAGUCUCGAUUUCAAAAACCUUCCUGAGUGUGAAGAAGAUAUCAACUUUGACGAUAUUUAUGAAAAGUACGAAAUUGAUUCCGAGAAUGAUUUCGAUACCAUCGUCGUUGUUGAUGGUGCCCCCAUUGUCGAUGAAGCUAAACAAGAGAAGCUUAUCACUGUCUUAACCAAGCUUUUCACCAAAGGUGCUGGUGAGAUUAAGGAAAAUGGUAUCUGGAUGCCUAUGACCCCUAAUGACGAAGGAAAGAAGACUAGCUCUGGCUAUCUUUUCAUUGAUUUCAAAUCACCUGAAUCUGCCCAAGCUGCUGUUAAGAACUUAGAUGGUCAUAAAUUAUCUAAAACUGUUACUUUGCUUGUCAACAAGUUCACCGAUGUCGAGAAAUACAGUGACAUGAAUGAAGAAUAUGUCGAACCUCAAAUUGAACCUUACACUCCCAAGGAACAUUUGAAGAGUGCUUUGAUGGACUUGCAAGCUCGCGAUCAAUUUGUCAUGUACAGAGGUGAUGAUGUGUCUAUCUUCUGGAAUAGAAAGACUGAUGCUCCCGAGCACGUUUACUCUAGAACCAACUGGACCGAAACAUAUGUUCAAUGGUCUCCUAAGGGUUCCUUCCUCUCCACAUUCCAUACUCAAGGUAUUGCACUUUGGGGUGGCCCAUCUUGGAACAAGAUUGUUCGUUUCGUUCACCCUGGUGUCAAAUUGAUCGAUUUCUCUCCUAAUGAACGUUACCUUGUCACUUGGUCUAAUGAGCCCAUUAGUUUGGCUAGAUUGCCCGAGAGUGGCCAUCCUUUCACCGAAUACGAUGAAGGAAACCAAGUUGUUGUUUGGGAUAUCAUGACUGGUUCUUUACUUCGUUCAUUCCCUGUUGUUCAACCCGUCGGCGAAGAACAAAAGACUGUCCGCUGGCCCAUGUUCAAGUGGUCUGCUAACGAGAAGCAUCUUGCUCGUAUCACACCCGGUCAACAAUUGUCUGUUUAUGAAGCUCCUGCUAUGGGUUUGGUCGGUAAAAAGAGUAUCAAGACUCCUGGUAUCGUUGACUUUGAAUGGUCUCCUGCCAAGGGUGAUGUUUCUGACCCCAAGAUCUAUCAAAAGGAAGAAGUCCUUGCUUAUUGGACUCCUGAGGUUGGAAAUCAACCUGCCCGUGUCAGCAUGAUGACCAUUCCUUCCAAGGAGGUCAUUGCCACCAAGAAUUUGUUCAACGUCUCCGAGUGUAAGUUGUACUGGCAAAACCAAGGUCAUUUCUUGGCCGUCAAGGUCGAUCGUCACACCAAGACCAAGAAGUCUACUUAUGCCAACAUCGAAAUCUUCCGUGUUAACCAAAAGAACAUUCCUGUUGAGACUAUUGAAUUGAAGGAUCCUAUGCUUGCUUUUGCUUGGGAGCCUUAUGGAGAGCGUUUCGCUACUAUCACUACAAGUGAUCCCGCUUAUGGUGCUGCUCCUGUUCACGGUGUUGCUCCUUCUACUGUCAAGACCGACGUCAAGUUCUUCUACCUUGAUAAGUCCAAGAAGGCUAACGCUGGCUUUAAGUUGAUGAAGACUCUCGACAAGAAGACAUGCAACUACCUCUUCUGGUCCCCUAAGGGUCACAACAUUGUCUUGGCUACUUUGCGUUCAUCUACCGUCUUUGAUCUUGAGUUCUACGAUCUUGACUUUGAACCUCUUGCCAGUGAUAAGAAGGAUAAGAAUGAUGUUGGAUCCACUGUUCAACUCUUGUCUACUCAAGACCACUAUGGUGUCAGUGAUGUUGAAUGGGACCCCACUGGUCGUUAUGUUGUUACUGGUUCCAGUAUGUGGCGUCAAUCCGCUGACCAUGGUUUCUGUAUUUGGGAUUUCAAGGGUCAACUCUUAUUCAAGCAAAACAUUGAGAACUUCAAGCAAUUGUUAUGGCGUCCUCGUCCCGACUCCUUAUUGUCUGCUGAACAAAAGAAGAAGAUCAAGAAGAACCUUCGUCAAUACUCCAAGAAGUUCGAUGAGGAUGAUCUUGCCAAGGGUGAUGCCACCGCUGCUAAACUUCACGCUGAGCGUAGAAAGGCUGUUGAAGAAUGGUAUGCCUGGAGAAAGUCUACUGAGCGUGCUCUUGAUGAAGAGCGUAAGGCUUUGGGCAAGGAGAUCCAAGCAACUGACGAAGGUAAAUCUGAAGCCGUCGAGGAAUGGGUUGAAGAGGUCAUUGAAGAGAACGAAGAAAUCAUUGAUUAAAUUCUAUAUAAACUCACAUCAUCUAUUCAUACAUCUUUUUGGACUUAAUACGUUACUUUUAAUAAACUUUUUUUUCUUUAUUUAUUUUUUGACGAAACAAUU